UUCAGUAGUGGUGCCGCGUUGAUGUUAUCUUUGGAUCCCUAGAUGUGAGUAUACCGUGUGGUUCAACCGACCAUGCCGAAGUCAUAGCCUGCUUCUGGGACUUGUCCUAGAUAUGGACAUGGCGGUAAAUAGUAUCUCACUUUUGUUGUGGAGUUUUGGGGCGAUGAUAGAGCAUUUAAGUCUAAGGGUUUGGCGUUUGAAGUCGCUUUCUUCUAUCUCGUGCAACCAUCUUCAUGGAUCCAUUCUCUGUUACUGCUAGCGCUGCUGGUCUAGUUUCCCUCGGGAUAACUGUCUCAGAUGGACUCGUUCAGUAUUGCAGAACAUAUCAAUCUCGAGAAGCUGAGCUCGCUCAACUAACGCAACAUGCCGAACAUCUUCGUUCCUUCCUCAAUAUCAUCGAGACCCAGUGCCCCGGGUCACAGGAUUCUAGUGGAAAUCUUCAACACUCGUUACGGAAUUGUAGGGACGCUUGUACUGCCUGUAUAGAGGACUUUGAACGGCUUAAUGCCAAGUAUGCCCACGCCCGGAGUUCCAUGGAUUUUUGGGGACAAGGUCGGACCCUGGCACGGAGAAUUCGAUAUCCAUUUGAUAAAGAAAAGUUUGAGAGACUAAGGUCCCAACUUCAGGAAUUCAAUACUAGAUUGUUAUGCCAUUUACAGUUGGCGAAUAUUGACCUUACACAAGACUUGAAAAGGGCAACUGUCUCUGACGUGGCACGUCUCGAAUCAACUAUUCAAUCCGUCGGCAGUCAACUCUUAUCCUCGGCCUCGGUAUUAGCGCCUUCUAUAAGUGAUGCGAUACAAGUUCAUCUAGAAGGAGUCAGCCAUUCCGUUCAAGCCGGACUAUCCAAUCAGUCUGUAUCAAUAACAGGGGGCCAAGAAAGACAGACAUCGGCUCUCAUCCAACAUUUAGACCGGUGUUUCGAGCUUCAACAGAAGCAAAUACAUGAUAUACUGGAAAGUAUGAUGCAGGCCCCAAUAGUACACCCUACUAUAAGUGACCGAAUAUCACAGCUAGAGGAAUCAAAUUCCGAUUUAAACUAUGCCGCAAUGUCCCCUUUUCCUAUGGCAACUCAUGAGUUUAUCGGUGCAUUCUGUACCUGUUCGGCUGCCCACAAAGCCCAGGCAAGCAGGUCAAACUUAAGACUACGACACUCGGGCGUCAAACAUCAAAGAGGAUGUAUAAGUUUUAAUAACAGGGAAGAAAAUAACAUUACUUGGAGUUUUAGGUUUCUUCAAUGCAGGAUUACUACAUUAUGGUAUUUCGAAUACACUCAGGGGUCAUGGUUUCGUGGGCUCCGUAUAAGCCCAAGCCUCACAUUUCGAGCUACCGUCCCAAGGUGUUCCCCAGCUUUUCGAGAAAUCUACUCCACUAUGUGGGAAAUGAAAUUGGCGAACACGGAAAUGGAAUUAGAAUCUGUUGCCAAGAGUUGUUUACUCCGAUUACAGCAGAUUUUCGCGAGUGGAAGAGCACACCCGACGGACGUAGUUUAUGGAGAUUUUAACCUGCUACACCUUUCUGCAAGUGUUAUGGAUCUAAAUGAUAGUAUUAAGAACUCGUGGGCAAUUAUCUUACGAUUCUUGGGUGCCUUGAUAGAGAUGGGUGUGCCACUUAACGACAUAAAUACCCGUGGAAGAACCCCUCUAGAUUUCAAGUUGACGGGAGUGUCACAUGAAUCAGACCGAGGUCCCAUCAUAAACGGUCUUUUAAAUAUGAAUGCUGAAAUCUCAACUUUAAGAUAUGUGUCAGAGUAUAUAAGCACUCUAAGAUUUGUAAACCCGUGCCUUAGCGACCCUCUGGGCUGUAAAAAGCUGACGUAUAUGGUUUUUCGUCGAUCGGAACCCGAAAUUAUACCCUUACUUCGCGCCGAUCGGUUUUUAAUGUAUGAACUUACUGGUUUAGGCCAAACACCGCUUCAUCUCGCCGUUCUUUGGCAAAAGGGGCUUUCAACCUUAAUCGAGUACGGUGGUGAAGUGGUUCGGAAUAUAAUAAAUAUUAGAGACACAUGGGGGAUGUCUGCUCUCGAUUACGCAGUGCAUCUCGAAGAAGCUGACUCUGUCCAAUUGUUAUGCGACGCUGGGGCAAGUGUGACAUCGUCCACUUGCAGAUACUGCAAAAAGAAUGCGGCCCAAUAUCCGAGGAUGUCAGAUGUUUUGAUUGAAGCAUUCUCCCGACAACGAAAAGAGCUAUUAAGUUUUGCCUUAGGGGUACUCCCGGCUGAAUACAUCGAGAAGCUUGAGCUAUGGGAAUACGUCCAUAGGGAUGCUCCUUUGGAUGGCAAAGCGUUCGACGUCACCGAGGCCUUAAAGCACUUAAACAUAUCCAUUCCUACCAUUUUUGAUGGUAUAGAACCAGGAUCCCAGUACCAUUGGAUUUGGGUUGAAGCUUGCACAGCUCAGAAACUGUGGGAUGCUGGGUUUCACGAUAUCAACAGUACUUUCCGUGGAUAUACUCCUCUAAUGACCACAAUCCACCAUGCUAUGUCCGAAGCACAGUUCCUGGAAUGCAUAUGCUGGUAUAAGGAACAUGGCGUCAAUAUCUACGCUCCAAUUCCUACUCCUAGUAGGGAUUAUCGCACUUUCGAUGAUACUGUGUCUGAGCCAACCUACUCGCUUGCGCACUACCUAUCGGAUAUCUCCGGCUAUCUCGACUUCUAUGGUAGAAAGGUGGAAAAGGCCUCUUGUAUACCGCGGCUUAUCGAGCACAAUAUUACCGACACUUGCGAAUGCUACUGUACGACAAAGGGUUGCACCCUGGUCUCAAAAUAUGUCAAAGGUUACUUCCGGUGGUUUGAUGAAAUCGAUUUAAACGAGGAAAUGUAUCUGGCGCGCUUAGUGAAUGAAUUUGGAGCCGCUUCUAGCCACCCAUCCGCGAUGGAAGCGAUCCGUUCCAUGUCUUUUACGAAGCUUGGGAUGAAGCACACAUGCUGUGGAUACCGACACCACCACGAAGGUUGGAAAGACAUCUUAAAGAACGGAUUAUUGGAACUCAUGGACCAUGAAGAAAUAGAAGAAAUCCGGGAUGAAGAUCGAUCCUCGUCUGUAUUACUAAAUGCGCUAAUGCGGGAGUUCGAUAACAAAUUCCAGGAGUUGGGUCUGCCACUGGUAGACUUCGUGAAGCAGUAUUGGUGGCCUAGGGUGAAGGAAGUAAAAACAGCGGAUGAUCUACGAUCUAAAGAAUACCUGCAAGCAGUGAGAGAGAUUGGGGUCAUACUAGAGGGAGUAGAAGAUAAGGAGGAAGAGUAACGUAUUAAGGACCUUUGCUAGUACCAGCCCUUUUCUGCGAGCACG